AAUUUCUGUAGGUGUUGAGAGCCUGCUUUUUCAUAUACAGCAAUACUAGUUCUUCUAGAGAUGUACUCCAAGACCAAGAACAGCAUUCGCAAGCAGCGUGAAUCAAACAGAAGUAACGACUUCAGCCCUUACAAUUUUGUUGAUGCGGUUGUCAAUCAGGAAUCUCUGUCCCAGGAUGGCUUCUGUCCUUCUUUGUUUUCGUGCCAUCACUUUGGCAGUAGAGUUUGCAUAAUGAACUCCUCUAGCAGCAAAUUCAUUAAUAAGCGAAUACGUUCUUGGAAUUCUUCAUGCUGAGGGCUCAGAGGCUUUCCGAUUGCUUGCCCUUACUGCUUCGAACUUUGUAGACGACAACGGACCUGCACUGACAUGAAGUUAUAGUCAUUGUUUACCCAAUAGUGUCUCAGAGGGAUGGACUCUUAACUUCAAAAGAACAGAAGCUUGAUUAGGGAUGUUUACCGUGGGAUGCAGUGCAUAAUACUGCCAGACCUCAAGUCCGGCUAUCUAUCCCGACAAAGUUUCUCAGAUGAUUCGAUAUUACCUUCAUUUCGCGGAAUUUAUCUCCAUGAGUGGAGACCAGAGAAAUAUGGAUUAUUAAGGGACACGCUGACGUCGUCGGCAUCUGCUACUCGGCAUUAUUGCUUUUAGACAUUCCCUAUAUAAAGGCUAAAGUCUCAGCAUGUCUUAGUCGUUAUCUACUCGCUAUUACAAUCCACUAUGGCCACCACAAAGAAGAUUCCUACGCGUCGUCUCGGUGCGAAUGGACCUAGUGUCAGUGCUGUCGGACUUGGCACCAUGGGUAUUGGUGCUUUCUACGGAAAAACGGAUGAAGCAGCUGCACUCAAGGCUCUAGCCUAUGCAGCUGAUCGUGGUAUGACUUUCUGGGAUUCUGCAGAUAUCUAUGGGCCAUGUGAACUUACACUCGGAAAGUGGUUCGCAGAGACAGGCCGUCGCUCUGAGAUCUUCCUUGCGACCAAGUUCGGAGGCUGGGAUCCUGAAGGCAAGUUCGGGAAACCUGGUGAACCUGUUUCAACGCCCACGUAUAUCAAGUAUGCGCUUGAGAGGUCAUUGAAACGUCUCGGAACGGACUACAUCGACUUAUACUACCAGCACCGCGUCGACCCGAAUGUGCCGAUCGAAGUCGUGCUUGAAACGCUCCGAGAGCCAGUCGAGAAAGGAACGAUUCGGUGGAUUGGGUUGAGUGAAUGUAGCGUUGAGACUCUGCGGCGUGCAAAAGCAGUCAAGGGAGUUGGCGAGAGAGUCGUCGCUGCGCAGAUGGAGUUUAGCCCGUUCACACUUGAUAUUGAGAAGGACGGUUUUGCAAAGGCUGCGAAGGACCUUGGUGUCGCUGUCGUUGCGUACAGUCCGCUAGGUCGUGGUCUCGUCUCUGGAAAGUACCGCUCUCGCGCAGCCUUUGAAGAAGGCGACUUCCGACUAAGCCAGCCGCGUUUCUCUGAGGAGAACUUCCCAAAGAACGUUGUGUUGGCCGAUAAAUUCCAGGCCAUCGCAGAUAAGUACAAGUCAACUGCAAGUACAGUCGCUCUUGCGUGGAUCCUAGCAACUUCCGAGAACUACAUACCUAUCCCCGGCUGUCGUACAAUAGAACGCGUCGAGGAAAACGCACAGGGCGCGGAACUUCGCCUUACCCCAGAGGACAUCGCCACUAUCCACGCACUCAGUGAAGCUGCUGACGUCCAAGGUGACCGAUAUUCACUUGCAUUCGCGGCUUCGGUCGAGGGCAAUUGCAUUCCGCUUGAACAGUGGAAAGGUGAAUAAUGCGACAUAUUUGACAUUGGUGGAUUUAUAUGUUAUAGGAGUAAAUGGUGUUGAUAAAUUUGUUCGCGAGAAUCGAGAAUAAAGCAGAUAUAGUUAUUAC